AUGGGUUCGUUCUACAAGGGCUACUUGUCUACAAUCAGUGGAAACUGGCUUCAGACUGGAGUUACACUCUGCUCAGCGAUGACAUUUCUUCUUUUUGGAUACGAUCAAGGAGUUUUUGGAGGUCUCAUUGCCACGCCGCAACUCCUCAACGGUCUUCACAUUGCCGCCAGCGACGCCGACACCCAAGGAACGGUUACUGCAAUCUAUAAUAUUGGCUGUCUUGUAGGCUGUCUUAUCUGCGCAACCAUUGGCCAGAAGUUAGGUCGACGGAUCUAUAUAGUUAUCGGAGGCCUGAUUCUCAUCCUCGGAGCAAGUAUCCAGGCAGGAUCGAAUGGAACGGGCAUGAUGAUUGCGGGUCGGGUAAUUGCCGGCGUGGGCACCGGAAUGGAGACAUCUUUCAUACCGAUCUGGGUGUCUGAAUGUGCACGAGCUGCUCAUAGAGGUGCUCUCAUCGCCAUCCAGCUCUCCCUGGUCCUCUUCGGCCUGUCGCUGGCCUAUUGGUUCGAUUAUGGCACAACGAAUAACUUGACGGGAUCAGUGGUGUGGCGGCUCCCUCUAGCCUUCCAAGUCGUCUUUGUCCUCAUUAUGCUCUGCACUGUAUUCCUACUCCCGGAAUCCCCUCGAUGGCUAUACUCCCAUGGCCACCUCAAAGACGCUGAUGACGUUAUGGCCCGUAUCCUACAAAUUCCAGUCGAUCACCCCACAGUUCUCGCUCACAGGGCUGAAGUUCUAGAAGCUUUGAAGAUAGAGAAAGAGACGAAGUUCCACCUCAAAAAUAUCUUCUUCGAUGAUUCACCUAUCAAUACAUCCUGGCGGAUCUGGCUUGGUGUCAUUGUCCAAUUCCUUCAGCAACUCGGGGGUAUCAACCUUAUCGCCUACUACGCGUCCUACAUCUUCAUCCAUAACCUAGGCAAGACGCAGCAGCAAGCCAGCCUACUCUCCGGCGGACUAAGUCUCGUCUUCUGGGGAGGAUCACUGACGUCUAUCUACACGGUAGAGAGAUAUGGCCGACGACCCGUAUUACUGAUCGGUGCAAUCUGCACAUCAAUCGCCAUGAUCCUCUUCACGAUCGGUCUAGCCCUCAACACCUACCACUCCCUAAUCCUAUCCAUCGUCUUCAUCUUCCUCUUCGAAUUCACCUUCGGCGCCUCCUGGUGCAUCGUGCCCUGGAUGUACGCGCCCGAGGUGACGCCGCUGCACGUGCGACACAUCGGGGCCUCGCUGGCCGUCGGCAUGGAAUGGCUCAUGACAUUCGUCGUGGUCAAGGUGGGACCGAUCGGGAUCACGCACGCGGGCUGGAAAUUCUAUCUGCUGUUCUGCAUCUUCAACGUGAUCCAGGUCAUCUUCGUGUGGUUCUUCGUCAAGGAGACCAAGGGCCGCACGCUGGAGGAAAUCGAUCUGGUCUUUGCGAAAAAGGCAAAGAGGAGAGAGUUACAGGCGCAGAUGCAUGGUCGAGAGUUGGAUACGAGUACCGAUAGUAAGGAGGCUGUGGAUGUGGAAAUGCUUGAGACUGUGACGCGAGACGUAUGA